CAGUAACUUCAGCUUGACACGAGCUAGAGAGACAGCUACUCGCGAGCAGAUACACAAAGGGAGCGGAAGAACCUGCGGCAAUGGGAAUCAAACUGUACUACACCACCGUUACUGCCUCACGGACGGUGAAGUCUCAACAGGCAGAAGUGAUACGAGUCCUCGAAAGUAAAAGCAUUCAGUACGAGCUCAUCGACAUUUCUGUGGGCGGGGAGCUUCGUGAUGAAAUGAGAAGCAAAGCAGGGGACCCAACAGCUGUCCCUCCCCAGCUUUUCAAUGAAGACCACUACUGUGGGAACUACGAGAUGUUUUCUGAAGCGGUGGAAGCUGAUACAGUGGAACAGUUUCUGAAACUGGCGUGAGGAGGGUGAGGUGUAGUUCUCCAUCUUAACCCCCCCCCCAGCCACCUGCCCACCCACCCACCCACCCUGUGCCCUAAUGGAGGUCCUUUAUCCAGUCUCUCUGCACCACUGGCAGUGUACACCCACUUUCAAUGCCAUAAUGAAGAAUGCCAAAUAUCUUGUAUUCAGCUAAUCAGAAGACACACAUUCCCCCUACUGCACCAUUAGACUCUAAAUCAGUCUUAAUCUGUUCUAUUAUCAUGUGUUUGUUUCCUGUUCUUUCCUAUGAUUCCUUUCAGACCCUCUUCCUGUCUGACAGACCAGUGUUACUAAGCGCUCCUAGUCCUCUAGGAAUCAAUGGGGUGUCUAAAUGUGCUGUAAUUAGGUCGACUAAUCUUGGCCGCGGCCACAUGAUCGCUGGAGAUUAAACUAAUCCACUGGAUGACAACAUUCAACCCCAGAAUCUUCCUGAUCCUCUGCAGACCAAACACACACCAUCACUCAGUCUUAAGUACUUUGUCAUCUUUUUCUGUAGCCUUCAAGUUCCCAUGUUGUACAUGACGGCACAAUAUUUGUACUUCAUAUGGAUGCAAACGUGCACGGAAGUAGCAAGGACUGUGAUGUCCUUAAACCCAACCAAUCAUGAAUUAUAGCAGCUAAAAGUUGCCUCUUUGGCUUGGACAGUUUUUUUUAUUUUGGGAUGUUGUUUUUGGUCCAUUGGUUACCUUAUGCAUUAUGUAAUGAGAGGUUUGGUUCAGAAAUGGGAGUCCGUUGUAGCCCCCACUGAGGUCCUUGGCUGAUCUGACCUGUUUUUGGACAGAUAUUAAAAAUAAAAGUUACUUUUAUGAAGCAUGAAACCACCAGUUGUGUGUCUGUGACACAUUAAAGGUGCCCUGUGGAGUUUUUUUUCCCCUAAAACAUCGACGUUUACAUUUAGCGUUUCUCGUCGUAUUGUGUUGUCUAAAAAAUGUGUUGUGCAUUUCCUUCCUGACAUUUACAUUUCCUGACACGACUGAUGGUUAAAAUAUUUUAAAACUUGCAUUGUUUACAUCUGUGUUUGCUAGCUUGCAGGCUUUUCUCCCUGUCUGUCUUUCUAAACUUCUUGUUAGCACGUUACUGCCACCAGGUGUUGAUCUGAGUAGUGUGAAACUGGUGGCAGGAGUGUGUAUGUCCUGUUUGCAUGAUACACACACAAAACAGGGACCCACCUACUCUUAGAGGUCAAAAACUCCACAGGGUGCCUUUAAGAUAGGUUGUAGAUGGAUGUGGCUGUUUUUAGUGGCCUUAGGGGGGAAUUAACAUACUACAAAUGAAACCUACACAUUGCUGGGAGUUGUACGUAUUAAAAUUUUACUAACUAGGCUUACCAAAAAGAAUUCAGUAUCUUUCCAAAAAAAUUGUGUUAAUGAUGGAGAAAUGGUUAGAUCUUCAUAUGAGGAAUUCAAAUUUACAGGACUUUACAGGGAGUGGGGUGGAGGGAGGGAGUUGGACUCAUGACCUCAGUAUUUCUACGAUCACAGUUUAUUCCCUGUUUGUAUUAAUAAACAUUGGAUUUGGGGACCAAACACUCUCCUUAGAUAUGUUAUAAUGGUCUCCAGUGAGCCAAACUUACUCAAAAGUUGGAUUACUCUUAGAAAAAAGAAAAAAGCCUGUGAUCAAAUGUUUCAGUAGCUAGCUGCUUAUUUUAAGCAUCCAGCUGAGCAGGAUGAACAAGCUUCAUAACAUCACAUUUGGUGCCAAUAUAAAUCUGUAAAGCGCUUUUGGAGGUGGUUACUCACUGUAGGCUUAGCACUUACCUGACAUCUUCUAUGUUUUCCAUAAUUUUUACUGUAUAACUUGAAAGCUCUGUUUGAUCAGUGGGUGCUCUGUCAUGUUGACUGACGGAGCAAAAAGACGCCAAACAUUUAGAAGGGAGCCUUUCAUCGGGAGCGUAAAUGAUUGGACUGAAAAGACGUGAAUGUUCUCGCUUUCAACCACGUAGCUUUUCCUUCCUCUGUUGAUUUUUAUGUUACAGUUUCACUGAUUGUACUGGGCAUGAAGAUGCAGUAAUGUGACUAUGCACUGAAACCCUGCCUCAUUCUGAACAGACACGAAGGUCAAAGCAGCUGCUGUGUUUAGAUUGACCUGACUCAGUCUUACUGGCCUUAGGGAACACUCACCACAUGGGAAAAAUGAAGGCUUCACGUAUUUGUGCUUUUUAUGUAUUUGCAUUCAUUACCUUGAUUAAUCUCAUUUGAAAUAUUAUGUUCAUGUAUUUUUUUUUUAAUUGAGAACAACAUGGUUUCCAUCUUUACUCUUAACAUCUGUCAAACCACCAUGCUUUCAUAAUUGUGUUGUUACGGUUUGGUAUCCCCAGUAAUGACAGCCUUCACACACAAUGUUUGUGCAGUGUUUUGUAAGUCGAUGGUUGUAGGUGUUUGCCUGUUUAUUGGUGUGUAUUCACUAUGAACCAUGUUUUAGACAUUCCAUGUCUCUCUCUGAGCUCCUGCUUUGCUUUUGGACCAAUUCCCCUUGGCCAAAAAAAAGAAGAAAUUAGGGAAUAAAAUGCUGUUGUCUUCCAAGAAGAUUGUGAAAAGUGAUUUAAGGGUUAAAAAAAAAAAAAUAAAAUGGAGUUGAAUCUA